AUGAGUUUCCUAAUGAGAGAUCCAGUCAUCCAGGGCUCGAGUAUGGCAUACCACCCGUUUCUACCUAACCGGGGUCCAGAGUUUGCCAUGAGCGCCAUGCUGGGCCACCAGCCGCCUUUCUUCCCGGCCCUGGGACUGCCACCCAACGGUUCGCUCUCGCUGCCAAUUGCGCUUGGGAAGCCCAUCAUGGAGCAGCUGAUGGGCGCCGCGGAUUCGGGCCUUCAUUUCUCCUCUCUGGGGCACCAGGCUACCGCUGCUCACCUCCGGCCUCUGAAGACACUCGAGCCGGAGGAGGAGGUAGAGGACGACCCGAAAGUACAUCUCGAAGCGAAGGAACUCUGGGAGAUGUUCCAUAAGUGCGGCACAGAAAUGGUUAUUACCAAAUCAGGAAGGCGAAUGUUUCCACCGUUUAAGGUGAGAUGCACUGGACUAGACAAGAAAGCCAAAUAUAUUCUCUUGAUGGAUAUUGUAGCGGCUGACGACUGUAGGUAUAAAUUUCAUAACUCGCGUUGGAUGGUGGCUGGAAAGGCUGACCCCGAAAUGCCAAAACGGAUGUACAUUCACCCCGACAGUCCGGCCUCUGGCGAGCAAUGGAUGUCCAAAGUCGUCAACUUUCACAAACUUAAACUGACAAACAACAUCUCCGACAAGCAUGGCUUUGUAAGUAAAAUUCAUAUUAUAACCCAUCUAACGAUUUUAAACUCCAUGCACAAAUACCAACCACGAUUUCACAUCGUUCGAGCCAAUGAUAUACUGAAACUUCCCUACAGCACGUUUAGAACCUAUGUGUUUCCCGAGACUGACUUCAUUGGUGUCACAGCUUACCAAAACGACAAGAUAACACAACUGAAAAUCGACCACAAUCCUUUUGCUAAAGGGUUUCGAGAUACUGGGAAUGGAAGACGUGAAAAAAGGAAACAACUAGCCUUGCAGUCUUUACGGUCGUACGAGGAGCCACAGAAAAAAGACAACGGCACAUCGGAUGAUUCCUCCAGCGAACAAACGUCGUUUAAAAGUUUCCGUCAGACUUCAUCUCCAGCCGUGGCCACCAUGGGUCAGCAAAGCUUAAAAGAUUUCUGCGACAGCGACGAAGACAGUGAUGAGGACGACAAGGAUGGAAACUCAAAGGAUGUCCCAGACUCAAGCAAAAUUUCCACCACUACAACCGACGACGCCAAGGACAACGAUGGGGCUUUAAGCAAAAACAACUCGUUUGGGGAGGGUGAUUCGCAUAGAGAAACCAGGACUGAGAAAAGUCGUGCGGAUUCCCGACAAAGUCCCGUUACUCUCAUUUCUAGCACCACACGGUCGGGAGAAGAUCUCAAAAGUCCAUCUGGAGGGCAGUCCAAAGUGAAAGAGUGCGGCUCUAUAGGCAAGGAGAAUUACACGACACCACUGACUGUGCAGACAGACGGCGGCUUGCAUCUGAACCAGAGCCACUUGCACAAUUUCGGAUUUCCUUCCGCCUUGACUGGCCAGCAGUUUUUCAAUCACUUGGGUGGUGCCCAUCCUUUCCUCUUGCAUCCCGGUCAGUUCAGUAUGGGAGGUGCGUUUUCCAACGUGGCCGCCGGAAUGGGUCCCUUAUUGGCGGCCGUAUCCACCGGAGGAGUGACCAGCAUGGACACGGCCAGCAUGGGGUCACCGUCGCAAAGUCUGCCAGGAGUGCCUUUUCAUCUGCAGCAACAUGUCCUGGCGUCGCAGGGCCUGGCAAUGUCUCCCUUUGGAGGCCUCUUCCCAUACCCCUAUACGUACAUGGCAGCGGCAGCUGCUGCCUCCUCGGCAGCCUCCUCCUCAGUCCAUCGCCACCCGUUUCUCAACGCCGUGCGCCCGCGGUUGCGGUACAGCCCUUAUUCUUUACCGAGUGUCCCGGACAGCACUUUGCUCACCACCGCCAUCCCUCCCAUCGAGUUAAAGGGGGACGCCAUGGCCUCCAGUCCCGUCUCGGCCACUUUGGACUCCACAUCCGAACUAACCAGUCGUUCUUCGACCAUGUCGUCCGGCUCCAUGUCCCUCUCGCCAAAAACAUGUUCUGAGAAAGAUUCCAGCAGCGAUCUGCAGAGCAUCCAGCGUCUAGUCAGUGGACUCGAUUCCAAACAAGACCGAGCGCGAAGUGUCUCUCCAUGAUAUCAUGGACUGUACAGGGAGACACUGGACACUGGUGAUACGAAUCGUGUACGACCACACCCUUCUAGCAAAAGCGGGUUUACAAUAGGCUUCGGACCUUGAUAUAAAAAAAAAAAAAAAACGUUUGAUUGAGUUAAAAUGCACUUUGUUAAUACACAAAACUUAUUAUUAUAAGUGUUUUCUUAUUUUGUUAAA